AUGGCACAAGCUGCUUCCCUGUACCGUCGAGUGCCCCUCGCACCCUCUCCGGUUUCUCCCUCUCACGUCCUCCACAUCGACACUUCCCAUGCUCGCACCUCUUCGCUCCGUGCCGGCACAAAGCGACCUUUCGAUGCCAUUGACUCCCACAACGAAGAGAGCUACACUCGUGCACACCUUGCCACCGAUGCCUCCAUCUUCUUCCGCUCCACCCUGUGCUCCCCGCGCUCCAUACUCUGGCGUAUGUUGGAUGAGCGCCAAAUCCUCGAGAUACAGGCGGUGGAUCUGGUGAAGCGGCGCAAACGUGACGACCAAGCUUUUGCGGAUAGUUGGCUGACUUUCCGCAUCAACUGUCCGGAUGGCAUAGUGGAGCAGGGAGUUGCGUUCGCAGACGCAGAAGAGACGGAUGCGCUUGAGGCGUUUGUGCUGACGAAAGGCAAGGAGUUGCUGACUAUCACGUUAAAGCGGGAUCUACUCACCCGCCCAAGCGUGCCGGCGGAGUUCGACCCGUCGACGUGCGUGAACAGAUAUACGAGCAGCUUCCUGAGCGUACGACAACCCUACCGCUUUUUCGCGGUCAACAACCACACUCUCCUCAUCUCACUCACGGAUGGCGGACUGGUGCGCCUAGAACGCUCAGCUGGAACGGGAGCGCAAUGGCGCGAGACCUUUUUCAGCGAAGGCGGGUGGAGAGGCACGCUUACGCUUAAAGGCUUCAAUCCUUUCGCGGCUAGACAGAGUGUGCGGUACGGACAAUUGGAGCUGGAGGUGACCACCAUUGUAGACAUGGCUGAGUCGCCGGAUGGCAAGUACGUUUGGACUGUGAGCUUGGACUACAAGCUUCGAGCUUGGAGUACGGCGAGUGGGCAGGUGGUCUUUGUGCGAGAUCUCUUGGGGGUGGAGGACCGAGGCAAGCAGCAUCUAGUCAUGGCUGCUGAGCAAGGCAGGCUGCUGCAGAUCGUCACGCCUCCUAGUCGGGAAGUGGUUCGCGCAGGCGGAGAUGAGAAUAGAGCAGGAUACGCCGUUGCGGUGCAUUCGCCGAAGGAACAUCGCUUCCGAAUCUAUGAGGUCACUCAAAAUGCCACGGCGGAAGGCGAGACGAUACAGCUGCGCGACCUAGCCGCCGGCACUCGGCUGGUCCCACCGUUUGAGGAGCUCAUGAACACGAAUAUCUGGCUCCUCGAGUCUUUCUACCUAGUUCCCGGAACCGGAUGGGCGAGCACGCAACUCUGGAUACAAGCGCGGAGUGGUGCACUAUGUAGGACGUUCAAGCUUACCUUCGACCUGCUCUCGGAAAACGGUGAGCCAAGUGCCGAAGAUCUCGCAGACACCUGGAGCAAAGGUUGGUCCGUCGUCGGGGCCGGCGCCCAUACUACAGAAGAUGUAAAACGCAGCGACGAUUACCCAGGCGGUUUGACAUACAGCGCAGACAGCGCACUUACACCUAGCGAGAGAUGGCUUGCAUAUCUAUUCCGCCCAAACCGCUUCAGUCAUGCUUCGCUCGAAACAGCCCUCCACGUCUACUGCAAAGCCCGCGGCGCGAGCACCAAAGCUGGCGCACUCACUAAAGGUGGUCUGAAGAAGUCCGAGCAACCACUUGAAGAACGCCUCGUCUCGUCAAUCACAAGUAAAGUACUACUUCACCGGCUGCCCAACGAGCAGCAGCCGGACUACGCGCGGUAUCGGCAGGACAUCCAGGCUCAGUGGGUGCAGUACCAUACCGUGCUCAUGGACCUGCAUGCGCGACGGCAGGAAGUACUUGCGCUGGCGUUCGACACGGAAGAGCGCUUGCCAUGGGUAGUUUGCUCAGAUUUUGUGGCAUCAGUCCGGGCGCUGAGCAGUAUGGAAAGAAGGAGCGCUAAUACCGAUUUGCUCUUUGGUGACCGCCAUCAUCAUGUUCAUCCUGACGUCUUCGAUACCAUCUAUCCUUCGAAAAUGGACAAGCUUGAGGGAGCAGGAGACAUGGAUAUAGCUCGCCUCUUGCACGCCGCGCGAGAGUUGCGCCGCGCCCUUUCAACAACAGCGAGGACUAAGUUCGCCGAGAUGGCGCGAACGGAAGCGCUCAACUUCCGAGGACAGCGGGAGGAAGAAGUAGAAGAAGAGGACUACGUGAUGGACGAGUCGUUCGCGCCUCACCGCCACGCGCUGGCUAUGUUCGACAAGUGCAAUCUCGAGACUGAGAUCAGCGACGAAGACUUUGACGUUCUCAGCGCCUCUGUCGAUGCGCUGGGCGGUCUAGGCAGCCUGCCCACCUCCAUCUUCCUUGACUUGCUCUCCUGGCUCGAUGAGCGGCCCACAGGAACGCAAAGAGAAGGCCAAAAGCAUGAGCUCGCGCGCUAUGGUGCUGCGCUCACAGUCCAGAUCACGGAAGAGUUCCUUGCGGAAGCGCGGGGUCUGCUGCUAGACGUGCUGGUGUUGGUGUCGUUCAUGGCUGGCGGACUGGAGCCUGGCGGGCUAGACGAGCAGUUCCGGGCCGAUACUGUGUUUGAGGAAGCCAUGGGACGGUUAAAGCGUACCGAGCUGCUUAUGUGGUUGGUGAGUCGGGAAAGGGGGAAGCGUAGUAAACUCGCCUCGUCUGAUGAUGGGGGGGUGGUGAUGGACACAGUAACUUUAUUCGAAGACAUCUGUAUCCCGGAGUGGGAGGCUACUUGGGCGGCGAAUGAGCAGCGACAGGACGACAUGCCAACCUUACUGACGCAGUGGACCGCGCAUUUCGCACAAGGACUGCUGUUCGAACCCCAGCGCUGGCCAAGCGCAACCGCACACAUCCUUUCCCACCUCAUCAAAGCGGAGGAAGUCGACCUCGCAACGGAAUUCCUGCAGUUUUCCGAUCGCUCGACGGACUGGCUCGUCUAUCUCACCGCCCGCCUUUACCUGCUCCGCGGCGACUACACGCGUGCAAGCCUCGACUUUCGCGCCGCAGCCAGCGACCUAGCCGUGCAAGCGCCGCAAGAUACAGCCCACCUCAUUCCCGCCCACGAAGCCGAGGGCACCUUCGCCUCCGGCUCGGCAGCAUACUACCAGCACGUCAUGGCCCUCUUCGAGAAGAUGAAAAUCUACUCAUACGUCGCUGACUUCGCCUAUCUAGCGCUGCAGCAUACGGAUGAGCUACCAGAUCUGGAGCGUUCAAUGGCCGAAUUGGACCAGCGGAAGAGCGCUGCGAACAGUCCGGCUAUGGAGCGUUUGUCGGCGGCGGAAGAGGAGACGAGGCUAUUGCGCCUGAAGGACACGAGGGAUGAGAUGUUGAAUCGCUUAUUCAACGCGCUAGUGCUUACGGGCCGGUACGCGGACGCGUACGGAGACGCUUUGACGAAGUUGGCGGAUCCGGCGCUGAAGAAGGCGGGGUUGAAGAAGUUGGUUGAGGCUUGCGUGAAGAGCGAGAUGGUACCCGUCCUUCUCGCAUUACCGUUUGAUGAGGAGAUGGGCCGCGAGACGGACAAAGGCCUGGCGGAAAUGGCGAGGAAGGAGCUCGCGGCUGGUGGACCGACGACCACGCUCACGCCGGCCGCUUACCAGAUUCUCUACGCUUUUCGCACGCAGCGAUCAGAUUUCCGUGGCGCGGCGGAGAUCUUGCACGAGUACUUGCAGAUGCUCCUGCAUUCGCCGGCGCAGAAGUACGCGGUGCAGGAUCCGGAGGACGAGACAGUGUUGCAGUGCUAUGCCUUGCUCAUCAACACGUUGGUUUGUUGUGGGGAGGAGGAUGCGUGGGUGCUGGCGCAGACGGAUGGGAAGAAUGGAGCUGCAGGUGGUAACGGGAAGAGGAGGUUGGUGACGCUGGCAGAUGUGAGGGGGGAAUACGGUGCUGAGAUGGAUCGGAGGAGUGAGGUGUUAUUGGGGAGGUUUCCGUUGGUUGGCGGCGGUGGUUAG